AUGAUACAAAAGCAUCACUUGAUGUUAAAGAGUUCCCUGAUUCUGAGGUACAUCAGACCCGAAUGGCUGACCGGUGACACUGCGUUUCAUCAAGAAAAAGGAAAUCAACUCUUAAAGAAGUAUCUGGAGACUUUUCUUAAUGGCCAGAGUGGACCGAAGAUAUUUUUUCUUCUUUGUGGAAAAGCCAUUGAAAUGAGAUGUUUUGCAGACCAAGGCCACAGUGUCGUUGGUGUGGAAAUCAGUGAACUUGGGAUACAGGAAUUUUUUAAGGAGCAAAAUCUUUCUUACUCAGAAGAACAACUUAUUGAAAUACCUGGUGCCACGGUAUUUAAGAGUUCUUCAGGAAACAUUUCACCGCACUGUUGCAGCAUUUUUUACCUUCCCAGGGCAAAUACUGGCAAUUUUGACAGGAUUUGGUAUAGAGGAGCAUUAGUCGCCAUCAAUCCAGAUGAUCGCAAACGCUAUACAGAUAUAAUACUGCCUCUCUCAAGAAAAGGGUUCCACUACCUCCUGGCUGUUUUGUCUUAUGAUCCAACAAAACAUGCAGGUCCACAGUUUUAUGUUACAGGUGCUGAAAUUAGAGGCCUGUUUGGGACAAAAUGCAAUAUUAGUUGCCUUGAGAAAGUUGAUGCUUUUGAAGAAUGUCAUAAACAUUGGGGAAUUGACUAA